AUGUCUAUCAUCAAAGUCGCAGUUGCUACAAACUCGCUUGGAAAGUCAGCCGCCGGGCAUACAAUCCAUCGCAAACUACAAGCCGCCAAAACACACGGAUUUGACGGUCUCGAAGUGGCCUUUGAAUGUCUCGAGGCUCAGGCCGCAACGUAUACCUCAUUGCCAUCAAGAAAGGAGCGCCUUCUCGCAGCUGCCGAAGACAUUUACAAAGCAGCGAAAUCGUUAGGUCUUGAACUGAUCGCCUUGAAUCCGUUCGGGGCGUAUGAUGGUCUCAAAGAUCCUCAUGAUGUAGGCAUCCGAUUACAGGAAGCAGAGCUCUGGUGCCAGCUUUGUCAGGUUAUGCACAUCGAUAUUUUGCAGAUAUGCACAGCACUCUAUGGAAUUGACGAAUCCAAAAUUACCGAUGACCCAACAGUCAUCGCGAAGAAUAUGCGCACAUUGGGUUGCCUAGCGCAGCGCUAUAGCCUCCGGGUGGCUUACGAAGCCCCCUCUUGGGGUAUCCACAGCAACACCUGGCAACAGGUCCAGAAGAUCAUUGAUCUCGUCGACAUGCCGAAUGUUGGCCACUGUCUAGACACGUUUCAUAUUGCAUCCAAAGAAGCCGGGGAUCCUUUUAGCUCCCUAUCUCCAAUUCGGAAUGAUGGAUACCGAAAUCUUCAGGGUAGUCUCGAUGAGCUAAAAUGCAUUGUUAAACCAGAGAACAUUGUUUAUUUCCAACUGAGCGACGCGACCGUGGCUGAUCCAGAUCAGGAAGGAUAUCCCCGCCGGGAUAUGAACCAGCCACCGUUCAUGACACAGUCCCGUAAUUGCCGGAUUUAUCCAUGCGAAGAGGAUCGCGGAGGUUGCCUUCCCGUUGUCGAUGUUGCCAAAGCUGUAUUCGAUCUGGGAUACCGCGGAUGGGUCUCAAUGGAGGUAUUUCAUAUCGACAUGUGGGAAAGCGGAGCUCGUGAGUUAAAUCCAUGA